AUGCAGCCCCUGGUGAUGCAGGAAUGGCCCUAUGUCCUCCCACGAUGUCCUGAGUGGCAUGUCACAGACCAGGUGCAACACAGCAGCACUGCUCACCUGCUGUCUCAGGUUGAAGCCUCGCAGGAUGGUGCAGGACCUUCGUGUGUAAUCCACCGAGCUCCGAGCAGUGUCACUGGGCCCCAGGCCCCUCUGGAGAUGAAUCUUUGCUGGAACGAGAUCAAAAAGAAAUCCCACAGCCUUCGGGCUCGGCUGGAGGCCUUUUCUGACCACAGUGGGAAGCUGCAAGUACCUCUCCAGGAGAUCAUAGACUGGCUUGGGCAGAAGGAUGAGGAGCUCUCGGCACAGCUGCCCCUGCGGGGCGAUGUCCUCCUGGUGCAACAGGAAAAGGAGAUGCACACGACUUUCAUGGAAGAAGUGAAGUCUCGGGGACCAUACAUUUACUCUGUCCUGGAGUCAGCACAGGCUUUCCUUUCCCAGCAUCCAUUUGAGGAAUUAGAAGAACCAACUUCAGAAAGCAAAGAUGUCUCUCCCCGGCACCGGAUCCAAAACAUCAGCCGCUUUGUCUGGAAGCAGGCAAAUGUGGCCAGUGAGCUGUGGGAGAAGCUCACGGCCCGGUGCGUGGACCAGCACCGUCACAUUGAACGGACACUGGAGCAGCUGCUAGAGAUUAAAGGGGCCAUGGAGGAGCUCAGCAGGACACUGGACCAGGCUGAAAGCGUGCGUGAAACCUGGGAACCCAUUGGGGAUCUCUUCAUUGACUCCUUACCAGAGCACAUCCAGUCGACCAAGCUGUUCAAAGAGGAGCUCUCCCCCAUGAAGGAUGGGGUGAAAGUGGUCAAUGAUCUUGCACACCAACUUGCCAUCUCAGAUGUCCACCUGUCUAUGGAGAACUCCCGUACGCUGGAGCAGAUCAACACGCGCUGGAAGCAGCUACAGGCCUCUGUAAACGAACGCCUGAAGCAGCUCCAAGAUGCCCACCGGGACUUCGGACCAGGCUCCCAGCACUUCCUCUCCUCUUCUGUCCAGGUCCCCUGGGAGCGAGCCAUUUCCCCCAACAAAGUGCCAUACUACAUCAACCACCAGGCCCAGACGACAUGCUGGGACCACCCGAAGAUGACGGAGUUGUACCAGACGCUGGCGGAUUUGAACAACAUCAAGUUCUCAGCAUAUCGGACAGCUAUGAAACUACGACGGGUGCAGAAAGCCCUGCGAUUGGACAUGGUGACCCUGGCCACGGCCUUGGAAAUCUUCAAUGAGCAUGACCUGCAGCCCAGCGACCGGGCGAUGGACGUGGUGGAGGUCAUCCACUGCCUGACUGCCCUCUACGAGAGGCUGGAGGAGGAGCGGGGCAUCCUGGUGAACGUACCGCUCUGCGUGGACAUGAGCCUCAACUGGCUGCUGAAUGUCUUUGACAGUGGCCGCAGUGGGAAGAUGAGGGCCCUUUCCUUCAAGACGGGCAUUGCAUGUCUGUGCGAGACAGAGGUCAAGGAGAAGUUUCAGUAUCUCUUCAGCCAAGUGGCGAACGCCGGGGGACUGUGUGACCAGCGGCACCUUGGCGUCCUGCUCCACGAGGCCAUCCAGGUCCCGCGCCAGCUGGGGGAGGUGGCGGCGUUCGGGGGCAGCAAUGUGGAGCCCAGCAUCCGCAGCUGCUUCCGCUUUAGCAACGGGAAGCCUGCCAUCGAGGCGUCCCAGUUCCUGGAGUGGGCCAACCUGGAGCCGCAGUCCAUGGUGUGGCUGGCCGUGCUGCACCGGGUGACCAUGGCUGAGCAGGUGAAGCACCAGACCAAGUGCUCCGUCUGCCGGCAGUGCCCCAUCAAGGGCUUCAGGUAUCGGAGCCUGAAGCAGUUCAAUGUGGAUAUCUGCCAGACUUGUUUCCUCACGGGGCGAGCCAGCAAGGGCAACAAGCUACACUACCCCAUCAUGGAGUACUACACCCCGACCACGUCCAGUGAGAACAUGAGAGACUUUGCCACGACGCUGAAGAACAAGUUUCGGUCCAAGCAGUACUUCAGCAAGCACCCGCAGAGAGGUUACCUGCCCGUCCAGUCCGUACUCGAGGCUGACUUCUCCGAGACACCAGCCUCCUCCCCGAUGUUACCACACGCCGACACCCACUCCCGGAUCGAGCACUUUGCCAGCAGGCUUGCAGAGAUGGAAAGCCAGAACUGUUCCUUCUUCAACGACAGCCUGUCCCCUGAUGAUAGCCUGGACGAGGACCAGUACCUGCUGCGCCAUUCCAGCCCCAUCACUGACAGAGAGACUGGGGGCAGUCAGCAGGUUCCGGGAAGCCUAAACAUGGAUGACAAGGGAGAGCUGGAGCGAAUCCUGGCCCACUUAGAGGAUGAAAACAGGAUCCUCCAGGGAGAGCUGAGACGUUUGAAAUGGCAGCAUGAUGAGGCAGUGGAGUCUCCAACCUUGGCUACAGGCUCUCCUGAAUCAAUGCAAGACCCACGUAAUGACGAGCUCCUGGCAGAAGCACGAAUCCUCCGGCAGCACAAGAGCCGCCUGGAGACCCGCAUGCAGAUCCUGGAGGACCACAACAAGCAGCUGGAGUCCCAGCUGCACCGGCUGAGGGAGCUGCUGCUGCAGCCUCCAGCAGAGUCAGAUGGCAAUGGCUCAGCAGCCUCUUCCUUGGCUUCAUCUCCACAUCAGUCUGAAGGCAGCCAGGCAAAGGAGAAAGAGCAUGACACCCCUGACACCAAAGCUGCAGACGAGGUGGAAGCCAAAACCCAGGAAGUCAGCGUGUGCCUGGAAGACAUAAUGGAAAAGUUGCGGAGCGCCUUCCCCAAUUCUCGAGGUACUCGAGUGAAAUCCCCCUCUCUGGCCUCUUACUGCUCCCUCAGAUGA